UAAAAAAAAAAAAAAAAAAAGAAGGGAAACCUUUUGAACGUUUACAAUGGAUACAAGGCUUGUAGAGGCAGUGAAGAGAAAUGAUAUACCCACAUUUAUUAGCUUGGUGGAAAAGUAUGACGGAAUUCUUGAGCAAAGAGAAGCUGAUACUUGCAACACACCAUUACACCUUGUGUCAAAAUUUGGACACCAUUCCAUGGUGUCUGCAAUUGUCAAGUCACGGCCUGAUAUGGUUGCUGCUGAGAAUAAGGACCUGGAAACUCCAGUCCACGAAGCUUGUCGAAUCGGGAAUGCGGAGGUCUUAAAGCUGUUACUUGAGGCCAAUGCUGGGGCAGCUACUAAGCUUAACAGUGAAAAGAAGAGUGCACUUUUCUUGGCUUGCAGCUAUGGCCAUGUUGAUGUGGUGAAUCUCCUACUGAAUGAGCCCGGGAUGCUAGGUUUGGCGGAAGAUGGGCUUGAAACUUGUAUCUGUGUGGCUCUGUCUGGUGGACACAUAGAUGUUGUUGGAGAGUUGCUAAGAGUGUGUCCUGACCUUGCUUCUGCAAUUGAUGAGAAUGGUAAUUCACCAUUGCACUAUGCAUCUAGCAAAGGGCAUAGGGAGAUGACCUGGAUGCUCCUAAGACUUGAUCCAAAACUUGCUCAGCAAUACAAUAACAAUGGUCACACACCAUUGCACUUGGCAGCAAUAAACUACAGAGCUUCAGUCAUUGAAGGAUUUGUCUUGAUGGCUCCAGCAUCUUUUCAAUUUGUCACAAAAGAUGGAGAGACAGUAUUUCACUUGGCUGUGAAAUAUGGUCAAUAUGCUGCUUUAGUUUUCCUUAUCCUUGUCUGCAAUGGGAUGAAUCUCUUUAAUUGUCGAGAUCGUUUUGGUAAUACCAUCUUACAUCUUGCAGUUUCUGGAGCACAGAAUCAGAUAGCAGAGUACAUAAUCAACAAAACAAGAGUGGAGAUUAAUUCUCGAAACUGUGAAGGACUCACAGCACUUGACAUUCUCGUCCAGGCCAAGGACAGUGUAGAAAAUCGGUGUCUUGAAGCCUUGUUCGUGAAAGCAGGAGGUAAAAGGAGCAUUGAGUUGUUAUCACAUUCAGCAAAAGUAGAUAGAGUCAGUGCUCAAUCAGUGUCAAUCCUUGAGAAGGUGCCAAAAAGAGCCAAAUUUGUUAAAGAGCAUGAGUUGCAGGUUUCCAUUAUAAAUGAAAUAGUUCAUCCUGCAUCCAAGACCCCAUCUAGUUUUUCAUCACCCCUAUCUAGAAAGUCAUCUAGUUUGCCAUCACCCCAAUCUAGCAGAUCUUCACCUAUGCUUCCAUCACCACAAUCUAGGAACUCAUCGCCUUGGCAUGACAUAUGGGGGGGACUUCACUAUCAACCACAAACGCCAGAGUCCCCAUUGCCAACUGUUGUGAGACAACACAAGAACCCUAGUGAGAUUUUCUAUGAUCCCAAAAGGAAGCAGCAUAAGACAUAUAGAGAGGCACUACAAAAUGCCAGGAACACUAUAACACUUGUUGCAAGUUUGAUUGCAACAGUUACUUUUGCUGCUGGUAUCAGCCCCCCUGGUGGUGUCGAUCAGGAGGAUGGGAAGUCAGUGGCAGGAAGAACAACAGCUUUCAAGGUCUUUGCAAUAAGCAAUUAUGUUGCGCUGUUCACGUCGCUCUCGAUAGUUGUUGUUCUUGUCAGUAUCAUCCCAUAUCGAAGAAAGCCAUUGAUAAGACUAUUGGUGGUUGCUCACAAGAUCAUGUGGGUAGCUGUGGCAUUCAUGGCAACAAGUUAUGUUGCAGCAACAUGGGUGAUCAUGCCACAUAGUUUAGAAAAAGAAUGGGUGCUUGUAGCUUUACUGGCUGUAAGCAUUGGCACUCUGGGAACAGUUUUUAUUGGUCUAGGUCUAAUGCUGGUUGAUCAUUGGCUGCGGAAGCGAAAGUGGAGAAAAGGAAGAAGAGAAGCAGGGGAGGCUAAUGAAGACGCUGAAAUGGGAAGCCAAAACUCAGACGUGGAGAGCUCCUACACUCUGGGAUACCACUCAUACUGAUUGUUUCCUCCUCCGGAAGGAUUGCUAUGAAUAUCUGGUUCUCAAGUAAGAUAUACUUGAUUAUAGUAACAUGAACAGAUGUGAAUCAUGUGAUAUAUUUAAUUUCCGUAUUUUGUAUUUGAACUAUUGGUUGUAACUUGUAGUGAGGCCGAGGCCUAGUGUGUGAAUAACUGAUAGUCAUAGUAGAAAAUGUUGGCAUCAGUUGGAUUGUUUUUGUACAGUGUUCUUUCUUCCUAUGUUAAGCUUAU